AUGGGCAGUGCCUCGAAGGGCCACGCGCGAGUUCCAUGCCUGGCCGCGGCAUCAUACAUGGCCCUGAGCCGCAUGGCCUGGGGUUCUUCCUCCAUUCUGAAUUGGUCAUCAGAGACGCGGUGGGCGAAGACUCCUCUUCAAAGGGACAACCUCUUCUUUGUUUGCAGGUACUGCCCGGGUGAUCCUCCCUGCGGUGGCGCCACCUAUGGCACGUGCAACCGGGCGUCGCCAGGUGAUCCUUUGCGCAGGGCAUGGAUCUGUGAGUGCGAGGAGACCUUCAAUGGCAGCGCCUGCGACGAGCGCAUCUGUCCCGUGUGCCAGAACAACGGAACCUGCGUCGGCGAAGGUCAGAACCUCACGGCCGAAUGGACUUGCGAGUGCCCCUCCACCCACCAGGGCGAUCGAUGCCAGUUUCUGCGCUGCCCAAGCGACUGCAGCAACGCAGGCGACUGCGACAAGUUCACGGGCAUUUGCGCCUGCUUCGACGGCUACGAUGGGGCGGAUUGCAGCCUUGCGCCCGGCCAGCUGGUGCCCAUCACCAAUGCCAUCGAGCUCUCCCUCACCUGGGGCCUUCAGGGCUACGAGGAGGACAACAACUCGGCCCCAGAGUACGACAUGGGCUUCGACCUCUACGACCCAGAGGUGCAGGAGUGGAUCCUAGACACUUGCAGAGCUGCGCGCACUUCCGUGAACCUCCUGGUGCGAGAGGAGAUGAUUUGCUGGAUCGAAGUGGUGGAGAACAUCAUGCAGCUCUUGAAGAAGCAUCGCUUGGUCCCGACGAUCCAGCUUGAGCCCAUGCUUGUGGCUCCCUGCAACAUUGAUGGGUACGGCAUAGACUCACGGGAUGGAGGCUCUGCAAUGCCAGUCAGCUCCAGUGCGCGAACGGCCUCUGGGGCUCAGUAG